AUGCGGUUCAACUGCAUUUGUUUAUCAGCGGUUACUGCCCUUCCACUGGGCAUAGCCAAUCCCCUUUCGGCACACGCUCAAAACGGCAAGACAGGAAACUCCAGCGACAACAUCCAGACCUGUCUCGACGCGACAAAUGCCCCAAUCACCACGUCAUCUUCUUCGGACUGGACCGCUGACAUCCGACCGUACAACGCUCGCGUGCAGUUCAAGCCGGCACUUGUGGUGUCGGCGACCAAUGCGAGCCAUGUGCAGGCGGCCGUGAGAUGUGCGUCCCAGUAUGGCAAGAGCGUCACUGCCCUCGGCGGCGGGCACGGCUACUCGUCGUCCGGGUUCGGUGGAGAAGACGGCCACGUCGUGGUACGGUUGGAUGAGAUGUUCGGCGUCACGCUGAAUGCGGACAACACGGCCACCGUGCAGGCCGGAGCUCGGCUCGGACACGUUGCGACGGCGUUGUUCAACCAGGGUGGCAGGGCUAUUUCUCACGGCUCGGUCGGUGUAUCGGGCCACAGCAUCCAUGGUGGCUACGGAUUUAGCUCUCAUCUUUAUGGCCUGGCGGUCGAUUGGAUCGUUGAGGCGACUGUUGUCACUGCCGAUGGCAAUAUAGUCAAGGCCUCGCCGAGUCAGAACAGUGAUCUCUUCUGGGCCGUUCGUGGCGCAGGCUCGUCCUUUGGUAUCGUCACCGAGUUCAAGUUCGACACCUUCGCCGCGCCAAGUGUCGUCACAUAUUACACAGUACCGCUCACUCUCGAGAAGGAUAAGUUGAUUGAGGCGCUCGUUUCCCUGCAACAGUACGCUCAGAGCAACAUGCCCGCCGAGCUGAACAUGCGAGCCGUGAUCACCCAGGAUAGCACGGCUUUUGACGGUCUCUACUUUGGGACUGAAGCCCAGACGCGCAACGUCCUGAUGCGGUUUCUUUCGCCUUUGGGAAUCGAUGUGAGCGGUGCCACUGUCAACGAGACAGACUGGAUGGGCCAGCUCGAGCAUUUCGCCGGCCAGGAGCUUGACCAAACGGGCCCGCAAUCCGCGACCGACACAUUCUACGCUUCGAGCCUUUUGACAAAGGAAGUAUCUCAGGAUGGCUUUCGCGCAUUCGUUAACUUCUACCUCAACACCGCAAAGUCGAUAAAAACCGGCUGGUUUGUUUUGAUCGAUGUUCACGGCGGCAGGAACUCAAAGACGGCGCAGGUCGCGAACUCGGCGACCGCCUACGCGCACCGCGACAAGGUGCUCCUGUGGCAGUUUUACGACUCCUCUGGCGGCUCCACGUAUCCAUCGACUGGCUAUGCCUUUCUCGGCGAUUGGAUGUCCUCGGUCACCAACACAAUGUCCAAGAACGACUGGGGUCGGUACGCAAACUACGCCGAUUCGCAGUUGAGCACAGUAGACGCGCAGGACCAGUACUACAGGGAUAAUUUGCCGCGGCUAAAGACCAUAAAAACAAAGUACGACGCCAAAGGCCUCUUCACUUAUCCUCAGGGCGUGGGCUCCUAG